GUCGCGCGGUCAGUGACGUCAUCUUUAAGUGACAGCAAUUGGCACUCAUCAGUGAGCAUGUAGAAUGUAUAAGUUAUAACAUUUAUGAACAUUUAAGGGAAGAAAUUUAUCCUUCAUCAUGGCUGAUUACUGGAAAUCCCAGCCGAAGAAGUUCUGUCAGUACUGCAAGUGCUGGAUCGCAGAUAACAAGCCCAGCGUCGAGUUUCACGAGAGAGGAAAGAAUCACAAGGAAAAUGUCGCGGCCAAAAUCACAGAGAUUAAGAAGAAAAGCGUUGCGAAGGCCAAGCAGGAGCAGAAGAUGUCGAAGGAGUUCGCGGCGAUGGAAGAAGCGGCUCUGAAGGCGUAUGAGGAGGAUCUGAAGAGACUCACGGCUCAGUCGUCAGGUGUGAGUUUGCCUCCACCAGAACCUCCUGCUAAAACUGAGAAAAAACCCAAAAAACGUGCCGCAAAAGUGCCAUCAGGAGCCAGCAGCCGCAGCCGGCCCGAUGUGUGGGUGGGAGGAACCACCGGCGACGGCCAGGUGUAUUACUACAACACCACCACAGGAGAGUCGCAGUGGGAGAGACCGGACGGGUUCCUGGACGAGAGCUCGUCAUCAUCAGUCGUGGGACACAUGCCGGAUCCGUCAGCCGCUGCGUGGAUGGAGGCCGUGAGUCCCGAUGGCUAUAUGUACUACUACAACACACAGACCGGCGAAUCCCGCUGGGAAAAACCGGACGGCUUUACUUCGGAAGACAUUUCUCCUCCUGGCGUUGAAUCUCCUCGUGACGCGAUGAUGACGGCGGAAAACUCUUCUCCCGUUCAUCCCGAGCCUCCGUCUGCAGAAGAAGACUCGUCUGACCCUCCCAAAGACGAACCAGAACCAGAACCAGAACCAGAGCCAGAACCAGAGCAGACCAAAGACACCAGCGGGGUGAAGAUCAGUUUCAGGAAGAGAAAAGAGGAGCCGAUCCAGACGUCACCAGCCGACGGAGGAGAGAAAACCCCAGCCGACGGAGGGAACGCUGAGCAGACGGAGGAAGAAACGAGUGCUCCGGUGGCGCAGAAGGAGACCGUGAUCCCUGUGAAGAGAGCCAGGAAGAUCAAUCCAUACGGAUCCUGGGAACGGAUCACGCCGGUGGUGGACCCAUAUGAGAAGGUGGAUCUGCAGCUCCCCCAGGUGGAGAGUUUCGCCCCGACUCCGUCCGUCGCCCCCCCGGAGCCCCGGCCCCGGUUUAAGGAGCGCACCAUCACGUCUCUGGGGUCCGAAGCCGGCGCCGGAACCACUUUCAGGAAGAGGAAGACCGAGAACGGCAAAUCCCGGAUCCUCCGGCAGAGGGGCGAGGACGAGUAGCUUCUCAGCCGAGUCUACACCGCUUCGGCGCUUCACAAUGUUUUGUAUUUUAUAAAUUGUUGGCAGGCGACGUUUUAACUGCCUUUAAAUACUUAUUUUGUGAAUAUUUCCAGGAAUCAGUUUUGCUUUUAUGUUUAAGUGAUAAUAUCUCGGGUGUAUGGAAGCUAGCAAUUGUAUUUUUUUUUAUUCCAUGGCAGAAACGAGCUUUCAUACUGUUGUGCAAGUGUUUUAGAAUAUUUGUAAUUGUUGGUUUGAAGAAUUAAAGCCAUAGUUUAAUUAUCACUUAAUGUCUUACAGAUGAACUGAGACUUUCAUUGCUCACGACGUUCACCUCAAAUGACAUUAAAACUUUUUACAUUAAAACGACAUAAUUCCAGUUCCUUUCCUGUGUUUAAGUGUUCUAUUGAUUGAUCCUCGUGCACUGAGAACUCUUGAUCAAGUCAAGUUACGUUUAUAAAGCAGCUUUACAGAGAUGACAGGAAAAUAAUGCAACUAGGUUUGUUUCUCCUGUACAGCAGAUCUAGAAGAAACAAAUGGGGUUUGAUACAA